CCUCUCCCUCGAUCCAGCCAGCAUCCAUGUCGACACUGAGCCGAGCACCAUCGACCAAGCACCGCUCGACGGCGUCGCUGGCGGGCUCGCUGCCCAUGCUCUUUGGCACCGCCCGCAUUGACGCCGACUCAGGCCUUCGAGACAGGGCGGACCGAGCUGCCUCGGAGCUGUCCGAGUACUCGGCGAAUUUACUGAACGAGCCAUCCAUGGGCCUCUAUCGGGUGCAGGAGCAUGUUCAUGCCAAAGUUCCUCAGCUGGUCCAGCAUAAGAACGACCUUACCCAGCUCGGCAAGCAAGUCUCGCUUUCCAACUCAGAUCUCGAUGAAGCCAAAGAGAUCCUGAAUGAAAUGGAGCGAAUCCAGAGCUUCGAAAAUAUCAUCAAGAUGUUGCGCGAGUUUGGUCAGAAGCAAAAAUCGAAAUAGAAUCAGAUCUCUCUCCUCGCCCACAUCGCCUCACCCAGAUCACUUCGCCCAUAUCGCCUCGCCCUAUCCCCGAGUGCGACGCAUGUCUUGAGCGACAGUUCUGUGGCUAAAGGAUGUGCGGCUAGCAUUUGCUUCUAGCCCAUAGCGCUCCUCAAGUGUUGCUUUGCUGAUCGUCGCAGCAAAUCCACCAGUCGUCGGGAUGAUCGUUUGAUUUGA